CUCGCGGUACUUUACAUGAGAAUUAUUCACGCCAGAUUUGCUAUAAAACGCAUCGAAGGCGGCCAUUAUUGCAGUUUCCCGCCAAGAAGUGACAUUGACGGAUUAACAAUGUCGUCAAAGUGUGGUUUCGUCGCUUUCCUAGCGCUAUUAGGAUUAGGGUUGUCGCUGGCUCAAAAGCAGGCGCCGGUCUUAAAAGACCCCCCUACAAAAGUCCUCUAUAGGGCAGGGAAGCCCUUCGAGCUUGACUGCGCCGUGGACUCUGGAGACAGUUCCGAAAUCACAUCCUACCAAUGGUUCAGAUAUGCUAAGAAGGUGGACCCUAAGGCCGCUGAGCAAAGUGGUAGCCGUCUGAUCUUCAAGGCGCCGCAGAACACUGAUGCAGGCGACUACCAGUGCCAGGCCACGUCAUCAGCAGGUGUCGCAAGUACCAAAUUGAUCAGCGUGAGUGAAGCUUUCCUCCUCGACCCCCAAGUGUCCACCAAGCGCGUGAAGCCCGUAGAAGGCAAGCCGUUCAAGCUGGACUGCAAUGUACCAUCCGGUCACCCCAAGCCCACCAUCGAGUGGAAGAAACAGUCAGUGUCCGACAGCAGCAAGUCUGAGACUAUACUGGACGGCAGAAUCACCAUUUCUGAUAACGGAGAUUUGUAUUUCACCAACGCUACUCAAGAAGAUGUCAGCACUGACUUCAAAUACGUGUGCGUCGCCACGACUCCAGCUGUGGACGGCGAGGUGAUUCUGGCGGAGCACAUCGUCGAGGGUCUGGAGAAGAACCCAAAGCCCGACCACGAGGUCACCCAGCUGUACGUGACCCCCAACGAUGCGACCGCCAUCGUUGGAGAGAAAACCUUCUUGUACUGCAUCUAUGGUAGCAGCCCCCAAGCUUACCCCGACUGGUACAAAGACGGUGUGAACGUGAACAACAAGCCUGAAGACCGCGUGACCCGCCACAACCGCAGCAAGGGCAAGCGGCUGCUCAUCAAGGAGACUCUCCUGGAGGACGAGGGCCAUUACACUUGUGUCAUCAACAAUGAGCUGGGCAAACCGGAGAACUACAGCUUCCAUUUGAACGUCGUCAGCGUUCCGGAGUUUGUGAAGAAGCCCGAGAAGCGUGUGCAAGCCAAAGAGGGAGAUGACCUCUUCCUCCCGUGUGAGGUGAAGGCUAAGCCCGCAGCCGCGCCCGUCUGGACGCUCAACGCUAAGCCGGUGGCUGGAAGCAGGAGGGUGGUCUUCAGCGACAAAGGUCUGACCAUCAACAAGGUCCAGAAGGGAGACGGCGGCUACUACGGCUGCAAUGCCACCAACAUCAUCGGCGGGAACUACGUGGAGAGCUACGUCCAGGUCGUUUAGACGUGACGUCACUAUUCCCAAUGUGACGUCAUUUACAUAAUUAUGCUAUACAGGACUUAAUUCUGUUUAUUACAUUCGUGUUGAAACCAAAGUGACGUCUAAGACCUAGAAUUUAGAGGUCUUUUACGAUAUAAAAUAUUAGCAGAAUUAAGCCGCAAUAUAGCAUGUGAGUUUUAUGUUUAUUCAACAGUUUACUGCGAUAUUAAAUAAAUGAAUUAAGUAAUA